UUUGAAAAUUUAAAAAUGUAGAAAUUUCAAAAUUUCGUCUUUCAAAAAUUUGGAAAUUUCAAUAUUUGGAAAUGUCAGGUUUGCAUACCUGAUUUUCAAAAACCGGAAAGAAGUAGUGGGGUACUCCCCUCCUAUAAUCGUCCUUAUCUAAAAGAAGCCUACGUUGCACCUGAAUGUACCUUUUCUUGCUCCGAUUCCGCUAUAAGUUGAAUUUUGUACCCCUCCCUCGCGAUGCGCAUUCAACUAUAUAACAACGUGAUCGUAGAAGCCGCGUAAAUAUGGCUGCGGCAAUAAAGAGCGGUUAGUAGUGUCCAGUACAAGAACUAUGCGUAAUGAUUGUGAUUAUUUUUAUUGGCGUACGAUGAUAAUAUCAACGUAUCAUCGGCAAAGAUGAGUGAAAGAAAGUUUACUCGAGGCUUAGGUAAGCCGGGCAUGGCCGCUCAAUUACGAGAGACUGUCUCUCAGGUAGUACGCGAGAGCACUGUACAGAAUAAGCCACAUUUAGUAGAGCCAAUAGAUUUUGAAAGUUUUGUAUUGAAAAACAAAACUGUACUACAAAAUGAUCCACAAAGAGAACUUCUUCUAUAUCCUCAGGAUGAUGUUUCACAAGUGGUAUUACCUAGAAGAUAUCGUACUCUUGUACCGACAAUAUCACAAACUUCAGAUAGUGAGGAAGGAGGAGAGAACCUUCUUACAAAAGAAUGUUUACGAAGUUACACAUCUAACUGGCAUCUUAUACAUUACAAAUAUUCAGCAUAUAGUGGAACAUAUCUUGAAUUACCUAAAAUAGCAAAAGCAGAUGAUCUAAAAGAUGAGGUUUAUGAAAUUGAUACAGAAGUAGACCAAGUUGAUGAGGAGCUAACAAAGAGCAAUGGAAUAACAAAAGAAGGUUAUUUAAUGAAAGGACCAGAAAUUGGUAGUAGUGAUCGUAUGUUUGCAAAUAUUGGUUCAAAAUCGUUCAAAAGAAGAUUUUGUAAUCUUAGACAAGAAGUUGAUGGCACAUAUAUUCUUGAGCUUUUUAAAGAUGAAAAGAAAGGAGAAGCAAAAUUAACAAUAGUAAUGGAUUUCUGUACUGAAGUUGUUAGAAAUCCUAAACGUGGAAGAUACUGUUUUGAAUUAAGAAUGAGCGGGACUCAUAAAUCAUAUACUUUAGCAGCAGAUAAUGAAGCAGAUAUGCAGGAUUGGUUGUUAAAGCUAAGUUCAGUAUUACAGCAUUAUAAACAGCAAGAAGAAAAACGAGCUGCUUCGUUAGAAAGAGCAUGUAAUACACCUCCUCCUUCUCCUCAGCCUAUGCAGGUUUAUGGAACAUUGAAAGGUUUGGAACAAAGUAUGAAUCCACAAUUAAUAAAAUAUUCCAGAGAAACUGAUACAAGUAUAGCAUUAGCGAGACGUGAAAAUCGCAAACGAUUGUUUAAUAUUUACCCUUAUAUUCCACACAGUAAGCAACAAUCAGGAAAUUCUACUGAAAAUAAUAUUGAUCCAUAUAAAGAACAAUUUGGACAACGAAUUUUUGUAAAAUGUGAAAGUCUUAAAUUCAGAUUACAAGCGCCAAUAGAUGAAAAAGAGUCAUUAUGCCAAGUAGAGCCAUAUCAGACAACAUUGAGUCUAUACGAUGCCAGAAGUGCUAGAAAACUUACUGAAAACUUUCACUUUGACGUUAAUCAUGAAGUUGUUCAAGAAAUGGUAAAAGAAUUAAGUCCAGUAGGUAUUAUGACAGAAUCUACAAAGAAUGUAAAAUUGCCGGAUGAUUUAAAAAGUAUCCCAUUAGACUGGAUUAAAUACCCAAAACAGGCUAUAUUUAGUAUUAGCAAUCCUCAUCCUGAUAUAUUUUUGGUGGUAAGAAUAGAUAAAAUAUUGCAAGGGAACAUAUGUCAAACUUCUGAACCAUAUUUAAGAGCUACAAAAGAUCCACGUUUAGGUUUAAAAGUACAUAAACAAGUUAGAGCAUGCUGCCAAAGAUUGGGAAAUUAUAGAAUGCCCUUUGCUUGGGCUGCUAGACCAUUAUUUAGAUUAUAUAGCAAUGAAUUGGAUACGUCAUCAGAUUUUCCAGCAAUUUAUAGACAAGAGGGGAAUAAAAUAAAAGAUGAUGAAUUAUUAAAACUUCUUUUGGAAUACAGAAAGCCUGAAAAACUUAGUAAAUUAACUGUGAUACCUGGCUGGUUAAAAAUAAAAAUUGAGUCAAUUACAGAAUUACCUGAUAAUACAUUAUCUACGUCCUUAGCAGCAUUAAAACCAUUUCCAUUACCACCAACUUCAGAACCAACUCUUGAAAUUGCAGAAUUUGAAAGUACUUCAGAGAAAGAUGUUCACCCUUACACGACGUAUAUUAACCAUCUUUAUGUUUAUCCCCAAACGCUUUGCUUUGAUGCUCAAAAAAUAUUCACAAGAGCUAGAAAUAUUGCAUGUAUUGUUGAGCUACGAGAUGAUGACAGUGAAAAUGCUACACCUUUAAGGUGUAUAUAUGGAAGACCUGGUGCUCCACUUUUAUGCUUGCGAGCUUCUUGUUCAGUUUUACAUCAUAAUGCAGUUCCUUCAUGGUAUGAAGAGAUUAAAAUACGAUUGCCAACGAAACUUCACUCCAAGCAUCAUUUGCUUUUUUCCUUCUAUCAUAUAAGUUGUGAUAUGAAUAAGAAGAAAGAAAAUGGAGUUGAAAGCUGUGUUGGUUACGCCUGGUCUCCGUUGUUGCACAAAGGAAGAUUAAAUGUGGAUAUGGAUAUGAAUGUACAGAUGUUACCAGUAGCAACGCAUUUACCUCCAGGAUAUUUAUCGAUACAACCUCUUGGAUUAGGAAAAGGAAAUGCAGGACCAGAAAUCGUAUGGAUCGAUUCUCAGCGGCCAGUAUUUACAGUAGCAUUUCAGUUAAUUUCAACUGUAUUUACCCGCGAUGUACAUUUACAUAACUUAUUUGCUCAUAUGGAACGUAUCCUGGAUAUGAAAGUAGGAGUAGUACCAGCGGAUUCAGAAACGUGUAAAAUCCUAAAAGCUGCUCAUGCAGUACAACUGGUUACUGUUAUCACGUUUCUUCCUACCAUAUUGAAUCAACUAUUUACAUUGUUAACUUAUACUACCAAUGAAGAAGUUGGUUUAUACAUUAUAAGAGUUUUAAUACAUUUCAUAAAUAUGGUGCAUGAAGCUGGUAGGAAGGAAACGCUUCAAGCUUACAUUAAGUUUGUUUUUGUACCGUCUUCUCAAGAAAAUGGCAGUAUAACCGUUCAUGAACAACUAGGAAAACAUCUUCCUACAUUAUUACAGCCAAACAAUACUGAUUUUUUGGUAGUAAAUAAAUUUAUGCAUCAUUCUAACUUCUUUUUUGAAAUAAUGAUCAAGAGCAUGGCACAACAUUUGCUUUCAACAGGAAGAAUAAAAAUGCAUAGGAACGAAAGAUUUUCAAAAGAAUAUCAUGAAAAAAUUCGAAAUUUAGUGGAAGUAAUUAUGCCUUAUCUAAUGAAUAAAUAUAGAGACAUGCCUGUUGAGACUCAUGAAUUAAACAAAAGUCUUGCACAAUUUUUAAAGCGAUGUCUUACAUUCAUGGAUCGUGGAUUCGUGUUCCAUCUUAUUAAUUUGUAUAUGGACAACUUUUCACCCGGAGAUCCACGUGCAUUACACGACUUUAAAUUUACGUUUUUGCAAAUAAUAUGCUCUCAUGAACAUUAUGUGUCUUUCAACUUACCAAUGAUGCCAUCACGAAUUACUUCCAGAGAUUUAAUGAAUGAAUAUUGUUUAUCGGAAGAUUUUUGUAAACAUCAUUUCUUGGUUGGACUUUUAAUGCAAGAGGUUAAAACAUCUCUAAAUGAAAUUGUACAAAUUCGGAAAGUGGCAAUAGCUACAUUACGAGAUUUAAUGGCGAAGCAUGAACUUGAUGAUAGAUAUCAAAAUAAGGGUCAAUUAAGCAGAAUAGCUUUUAUUUAUAUACCGUGGCUGGGUAUUGUUUUAGAAAAUUUACAUCGAUUGCAAUCUGUUCAUGAUAACACUAAAACAGAAAUGAAGCAAAAUGGUACUGAUAGAAUAUCAACGAGUAGUUCAUUUUUAGCAAACAAAGAUAAUUCCAGUAAUAUUACAACAGUUGGGACUCCAAAAUCAAUUCAUAGGCUUACCGUACAUUUGGAUACGCAGUCUCCAAUAAGAGCAUCUAUGCAUCUACGAGAUUCUACAUAUUUUGCGGCCAUAGCAGGACAAGGUUUAGUUAAUGGUUAUUCCUGCACCAGUAUAGAAUCGGAUACUUCAACUAUGUCUGGUGCUUCUCAGUCAAAUAUAUCUCAAGAAACUACCAUUAUUCGUGAACCAAUUGAAAACGGUACUGGCGAGAAGAAACGACAUUCUCGUUCUUUAAGUGUUACACAAUCAUCGCCUAGAUGCGAUAAAUUACAGUCGUCAGAAGUUAAAGACAUCUUGCUUUGUUUCUUAUUUGUUAUAAAAUACUUGGGAGAUCACCAAGUAAUUGCUUGGUGGCAACAAUGCAGCGAUUGUGAAAUUUUAAGCUUCUUUUCAGUGAUAGAAAUGAGUCUUCAUCAUUUUAAAUAUGUUGGAAAGCGACAAAUAGCCACAAAUAUAGCGAACAACUCGGGGAAACCACGAACAGCGAAAGCAAUGACAUUACCAGCCAGAAUGGCACCUCCUGAUUUUUCUACUGAUACACCAGCUACAAGCACAUUACAACCGCAUAAUACUACAGUUAGGGAAAAUCUUGUUGAAAACGACGGUGGAAAAGUACAUCAAGCCAUUUUAGAAGCAAAUAUGGCUACAGAAGUUGGUCUCAUUGCAUUAGACUGCUUAGGAUUAUUUUGUAUUCACUUUAAGGACGUGCUUUUAGCAACGGAUGGCGAUAAUCCCAUAAUGCAAAAAGUAUUUAGCAUUUAUUUGUCAUUUCUACAAGUUGGCCAGUCUGAAACUUUAUUACGUCACGUGUUUGCCAGUUUUAGAGCAUUUUUAAAUAAUUAUUCUAUCAUUCUUUUUCAAGGAAAUGCUGUACUAUGUGGACGUUUAUGUUAUGAAUUAUUACGUUGCUGUAAUAGCAAAUUAAGUUCUAUUAGACAGGAAUCCUGUGCUUUACUAUAUCUUCUCAUGAGAAGUAAUUUUGAAUUUACCAGUAGGAAAGGGUUGACAAGAGUUCAUUUACAAGUAAUAAUAUCUGUUUCUCAAAUGCUUGGGAACGUUAUUGGAUUGAAUAACUCGAGAUUCCAGGAAUCGCUUUCAUUGAUAAACAGUUAUGCAUCAUCAGAUAAAGUGAUGAAGGGAACUGGUUUUCCAGUUGAAGUUAAAGAUCUUAAUAAAAGAAUUCGAACUGUAUUAAUGGCAACAGCACAAAUGAGAGAACAUAAUAAUGAUCCUGAAAUGUUGGUAGAUUUGCAACACAGUUUGGCUAAUUCUUAUGCUAGUACGCCAGAACUAAGACAUACAUGGUUAGAAACUAUGGCUAGAAAUCACGCGAGAGAUGGAAAUUUCUCAGAGGCUGCUUGUUGUCAAUUACAUAUUGCUGCGUUAAUGGCUGAAUAUUUAAAGUUAAGAAAAGUUCAUUCAUGGGGAGCAGAAGCCUUUGACAAAAUCUCUGAGAAUAUUUCCAGGGAUGAAUGUAGUCUUAAACUUGAUGCUGGUGAGAUUUGUGUACAAGAUAUUCAUUACAACGACUAUAUACUUCUUGAACAAUUAGAAGUUUGUGCAAAUAUGUUGGAAAAAGCAGAACGUUUUGAACUUCUAGGACAUUUAUAUAGAUUAAUAGUUCCUAUGUAUGAAGAAAAACGAAAUUACGAAGCUUUAGCAAAUUGUUAUUCACACUUGGCACAAGCUUGUAAUAAAAUUGUUGAAGUUACAAAAUCUGGAAAACGACUUCUUGGGAGAUUCUAUAGAGUUGCAUUUUUUGGUUCGGCAUAUUUUGAGGAAGAAAAUGGACAAGAGUAUAUUUAUAAAGAACCCAAAGUUACGUCCUUAUCAGAAAUUUCAGAGCGUCUACACCAUUUAUAUUCUGAAAAGUUUGGCGCAGAAAACGUUAAAAUGAUAAUGGACUCCGUACCUAUCGAUAUAACUGAACUAGAUCCAAAAAUAGCAUAUAUUCAAGUGACUCACGUGACACCAUAUUUCGAAAAGUUUGAAUUAGAAACACGACAAACAGAAUUUGAGCAGAAUCAUAAUAUAUCAUGUUUUAUGUUUGAAACACCAUUUACUAAAGAAGGAAAAGCAAGAGGUAACCCAGAAGAGCAAUGGAAGCGAAGAACAAUUCUAAAAACACAAUAUUCCUUUCCAUAUAUUAAAAAACGAAUCUUAGUCAUUCAAAAACGGAUAAUGGAAUUAAGUCCAAUUGAAGUUGCUUUAGAUGAAAUGCGCCAACGUGUCCAAGAAUUAGAAGAUGUAGCUCUUAUAGGUCCAACAGAUGUGAAAAAAUUACAAUUAAGAUUACAAGGAAGUAUAUGCGUUACAGUGAAUGCUGGACCAUUAGCAUAUGCUUCUGCAUUUUUAGAUCCUGCUCUCUCCCCACAAUAUCCGGAUGAUAAAGUUGAAGAAUUAAAAGAUGUAUUUAGAGAAUUUGUUAAAAUAUGUUACACAGCUCUUCAAAUAAAUAGUAAAUUAAUUACAUCUGAUCAACACGAAUAUCAAGAAGUAUUACGAGAGAACUAUCAGAAGCUUUGUCAGAAUUUAUCGUCGUUACUUGGAGAACCUAUCUGGCCUGAUGAACAAGUCGGGAAUUUUAAACGCAACAGCGCUGCUUUAUUUAGUGUCAUCAGCGGUGCUACUAAUCAUACAAGUACAGCCUAAAUCAGGAGGUAAUUAAAGUCAUCUGCAAUUUAAUUAGUUUUUUUUUAUGUAUAUUUGCAUACAAGUAAACAGUACAAAUUGGGUUACAUAAAACCCAUUGUUGAUUUGCUUAAGCUCAAAAACAUUUAUGUUACUAUAUAAUUAUGGAUUAUUAAAUGUUGUCAUCGUAAUAGUAAGUAAGCAAAUCACUGCACACUUAUUUAAAUUUUAUUGUUAUAAUAAAAGUUAUUGUUUUUCUAUGACACUAAAUACGCAUAAUUAAUCGUUUAAUUUUAUUACUUGGUUAGUAAUUAUCAGUGAUAAUACAGAAUGAGAAAAAUGUGAACAUUAAGUUUAACAACAAAUUUUAUAAGAAACGAACAUAUUCUCUUCAAUCAGUAUAAAAGUAUUGUCUCGAGGCCUAAUUGAUACAGUUUUCGACAUUUGAUCACUGCCGUAUUUUCAUAUAUUUAACUAUAUACACCCUUUUUUAGAUAAUUGUGUCAAUUACAAAAAUUACACUGACAGAAAAACAAAAAAAAAAUAGCAGAAAUAGUAUUUAGGUAUUUUAUUUCUACAAAGGAUUUACUGCAUUUUUCCUAACUGCAAGAUUGAAUAUUGUCUACAUCAAUACACAAUUUCUGUGCAUUAAAAACAUAGAUACAUUUAAAUGUAGUUAAAUAUAAUAUAUUUUGGUGUUGAGCACCUAAAGGGGCAUUUAUAUGUGCGUAUAUAUUGUGUAAGAAUUGAAUGAUUUGUAUAUUAGAAUAUGUUACAUGUGUAGAACUUAAUUUGUAUAUAUUUGUAUAAUUUAUUCUAUGUACAUGUAUUAUGUAAAGAAGAUGUAGCCAUCAAUCAGUCUGUAUUUAUACAAAUCUAACUAUUAGCUAAAAGGAAAGAAAAUAUUUUGUGAUGACAGUGUUUUAAAAAAUUGAACAUUUUAAUUGAUCAUUUCACUUUUUUGUUUUCAUAUAACAUUACAAAAGUAAACAAGUGAAAAAAUAUAAAUAA